UUACAUAUAGUGUCGUCGCAAGUGUAACUUCAAGAAAAAAUAAAAUAGAGAGAAACACAAAUUAAGAACUCCAUCUAUAAAAAUAAAUGAAAGGCCCCAUUCCACCUUCUGUUCGAGCUGGAAUAUCCAUUCCUUCAUAAUCUUUAUCCACAUAAAGAAAAGUAACAUAUGGAUAAAGUUCCCAACAGUUUCCAACCAUAGACCUUAAAAACGUCAAUCUUUUUAAGGAUCAGAGUCCUAUCUUCGUCCAAUUCAUGUCAGUUCUGUCACACAAUGACAUUGCAGCAACUGAAAUUUAGGAUUUAGAAUCUUACAAAAUUAUCAUUCUGUAUAUAGAACAAGAACCCUAAUGGCGGAUGUAAGAAGAUUUGUAGGGACAGUGAAGUGGUUCAGUGUGCAAAAAGGGUUUGGGUUCAUUGCCCCGGAAGAAGGUGGUGAUGAUCUUUUUGUGCACCAGACCGAGAUCCAGUCCGAUGGGUUCCGGACCCUCCGAGAGGGUCAGAGGGUGGAGUUCAAGGUUGAUAAUAGAGAAGAUGGGCGAAGCAAAGCUGUUGAUGUAAUUAUUUUGGCAAGAAAUUAUAAUUCAGGUGCCAGACGCGGUGGUGGUUUCGGUAGGGGUGGUCGUAGAGGUGGGAGGUUCGGUGGUGGACAUGGAGGAGGUGAUGGAGUGGAGUGUUAUAAUUGUGGAAGAAUAGGUCACUUGGCAAGAGACUGUUAUGGAGAUGGUGGGGGCGGCAGUGGUGGUCGUGGUAGUGGAAAUAGGGGAUAUGGUGGUGGCCGCCGGAGAAAUAAUGAUGGUGGUGGAGGGUGUUACAACUGUGGAGAAGAAGGGCACUAUGCAAGGGAUUGCCCCGCUCCCCAAAUACGAGAGUAAAACUUGAACAGAUUUUCAAGCCAAUUGAUUCUUAUGGUUUAGUGUUUAAUUUGGAGCGCAUUGUUUAAAGAACUUAGAAAAAAUGAAAAAUAAAUUCACUUUUCUGAGUUAUGGAUUUUCUUGGGAUUAUCAUUUCUUUUCUUUUUUUAAUUAAAACCAAGGCAAAUGUGUAGUAUUUAUUCAUAGAGAAAACAGAAAAAUAUUCAAUUUCUUA